AAAUGUUCAGAUUGACAUUUCGCUAUUUAAACAGCCAGAAUCGAUUCUAUACUACCAUACGGAGGAUAAAGGUGUUUCAUAAAAACACUUUAUAAAGCAAAGUCAUACAUUUCGUUGGAACAUCGCGUGGUAACCUGAUAGAAAAGCGGUGGAUUUUGUGAGUCUGUAUGUAAUUGAACACUGAUCAAGAGUCAGUGCUGGAGAUCAGAUUCUGUUCCAUCAUGAAUGACACACGGACAUCCAGAGAUGAAGAUGUUUCUCCUGGAUGCAGUUCAUUUCAACAGAUGAGAUCAGAAGCAGAGCCCAGCUGUGUGUCUAUGAGGAGUGACGUGUCUAUGCAUCGAAAAAUAGAGUUUAAGAGUGGAGAUACACAGACUGAUCUCAGUUCAUUUCAGCAGAAGAGUUUAGAACUAGAGCCCAGCUGUGUGUCUAUGAGGGGUGACGCAUCUGUGAACCAGACAUUAAAUUAUAAGAGUGAAGAUACAAAGACUGAUCUCAGUUCAUUUCAACAGAUGAGAUCAGAAGCAGAGCCCAGCUGUGUGUCUAUGAGGAGUGACGUGUCUAUGCAUCGAAAAAUAGAGUUUAAGAGUGGAGAUACACAGACUGAUCUCAGUUCAUUUCAGCAGAAGAGUUUAGAACUAGAGCCCAGCUGUGUGUCUAUGAGGGGUGACGCAUCUGUGAACCAGACAUUAAAUUAUAAGAGUGAAGAUACAAAGACUGAUCUCAGGCAUGAAGUCCUCAAGACAUUUAGAUCAAAUCUGUUGAAGAAGUUUGAGUGUCUUUAUGAGGGAACAGCGACGCAGAGAAACUCAACACUCCUGAACGAUAUCUACACAGAGCUCUACAUCACAGAGAGUGAUAGUGGACAGAUCAGUAAUGAGCAUGAGGUGAGACAGAUUGAGACACAAUCCAGGAGAGCAGCAACAGAGGACACAGCCAUCAAAUGCAGUGACAUCUUUAGACCUCUACCUGGACAAGACAAAGCCAUCAGAACUGUGCUGACAAAGGGAGUCGCUGGCAUUGGAAAAACAGUUUCUGUGCAGAAGUUGAUCCUGGACUGGGCUGAAGGGAAAGAGAAUCAGGACAUCCAGCUCAUAUUUCCACUUCCUUUCAGAGAAAUCAACUUUAUGAAGGAAAAAACACUCAGCUUUUCAGAUUUUUUGCAUUUUUUUUCCCCUGAAACUAAAGAAUUACAUAUAUCCAGUGAUGAAUAUAAAGUGUUGUUCAUCUUUGAUGGUCUGGAUGAGUGUCGUCUUUCACUGAACUUUAAAAGCAAAGUGAAACUGUGUAAUAUAUCUGAAUCAGCCUCAGUGGACGUGCUGCUGAUGAACCUCAUUGAGGGGAAUCUGCUUCCCUCUGCUCUCAUCUGGAUCACCUCCAGACCAGCAGCAGCUGAUCUCAUCCCCUCUGAGUGUGUCCAUCGAGUGACAGAGGUACGAGGCUUCAAUGAGCCACAGAAGGAGGAAUACUUCAGGAAGAGAAUCAGUGAUCAGAGUCUGGCCGACAGGAUCAUCUCACACCUGAAGUCAUCAAGGAGCCUUUACAUCAUGUGCCACAUCCCAGUGUACUGCUGGAUCUCUGCCGCUGUUCUGGAGAAGAUGUUGAGUGAAGCAGAAAGUGAAGAGAUUCCCAAGACUCUCACUCAGAUGUACACACACUUCCUGAUCCUUCAGACCGACAUCAAACAUGAGAAGGACUAUGAGAAGAAAGUGACAGAUGAAGAUAUGAUCCUCAAACUUGGGAAACUGGCUUUUCAGCAGCUUGUGGAAGGCAACCUGAUCUUCUACGAGGAAGACCUGAGAGAAUGUGGAAUUGAUGUGACAGAAGCAUCAGUGUACUCAGGAUUGUGCACUCAGAUCUUCAGAGAGGAGUUGGGCUAUCAGGGGAAAGUCUUCUGCUUUGUUCAUCUGAGCAUUCAGGAACAUCUAGCAGCUCUAUAUGUGCACCUCUCCUGGACAAACCACAACAUAAAUGUGUUUGACCAAAUCACCAAACAGAGUCUACAGUCUAAAGUUAAGGACACGUUUCAAUUCAAUUCAUCAGAAGAUGUUUCAUUAUCUGACCUGCAUCAGAGUGUUGUGGAUGAGGCUCUACAGAGUAAAAACGGACAUCUGGAUCUUUUCCUGCGGUUCCUUCUUGGUUUGUCAGUGGAGUCUCAUCAGAUUCUCCUACAAGGACUAAUGAAACAGACGAAAAGUAGAUCUGACAACGAGAAAACAGUUGAGUACAUCAAGAAGUUGAUCAGGGCCACUUAUUCUCCAGAGAAAUCCAUCAAUCUGUUCCACUGUCUGAAUGAACUUGGUGAUUAUUCACUAGUGGAGGAAAUACAACAGUAUCUGAAAUCUGGAACAAUUAAGGAAGACAAACUCUCUUCAUCUCAGUGGUCAGCUGUAGUUUUUGUGUUGUUGACAUCAGAGAAGAAGCUUGAUGAGUUUAAUAUUCAUAAUUUUUUUGGAGAAAGCAAUAAAGCUGAGAAACUUAACAUUCUUCAGAAGCUGCUGCCUGUGAUUAAAGAAUACAGAUCAGUUCAGUUGAGGAAUUGUGGCAUCACAGAUGAAGGAUGUGCUGCUCUGACUUCAGCUCUGAGAUCAAACCCCUCAAACCUAAGACAAUUGAAUCUGUCUUGGAAUAAACUAGGAAAUUCUGGAGUCACGCUGCUGUCUGCUAGACUGGAGGAUCCUCACUGUAAACUGGAGAAACUGCGGUUGAAUGAUUGUGGCAUCACAGAUGAAGGUUGUGGUGCUCUGGCUUCAGCUCUAAGAUCAAACCACUCACACCUGAGAGAACUGGAUAUGUCUUGGAAUAAACUAGGAGAUUCAUUGAAUCUGCUCUACCCUAUACUACAAAGUCUUCACUGUAAACUGGAGAGACUGUGGUUGAGUUAUUGUGGUGUCAAAGAUGGAGGUUGUACUGCUCUGGCUUCAGCUCUGAGAUCAAACCCCUCACACCUGAGACAGCUGGAUCUGACUGGGAAUAAACUAGGAGAUUCAGUGAAGCUGCUUUCUGCUGUACUGGAGGAUCCUCACUGUAAACUGGAAAGACUGUGGUUGAGUGAUUGUGGCAUCACAGAUGAAGGUUGUGCUGCUUUGACUUCAGCUAUGAAAUCAAAUCCCUCACACUUGAGACAACUGAGUCUGUCUGGGAAUAAACUAGGAGAUUCUGGAUUCAAGCCUUUGUCUGCUAUACUGCUGGAUCCUCGCUGUAAACUGGAGAUACUGUGGUUGAGUUAUUGUGGCAUCACAGAUGAAGGUUGUGCUGCUCUGGCUUCAGCUCUGAGAUCAAACCCCUCACACCUGAGACAGCUGGUUCUGACUGGGAAUAAACUAGGAGAUUCAGUAAAUCUGCUGUCUGCUGUACUGGAGGAUCCUCACUGUAAACUGGAAAGACUGAGGUUGUUAUAUUGUGGCAUCACAGAUGAAGGUUGUGCUGCUUUGGCUUCAGCUCUGAGAUCAAAUCCCUCACACCUGAGAGAACUGGAUCUGUCUGAGAAUAAACUAGGAAAAUCAGGAGUGAAGUCACUCUCUGAACUGAAGGAUGAUCCACAUUUUAAACUGGAGACAUUAUACUAUUGACUCUCAGUAUUCAGACUUCAGUACAGUUUCCUCAGGAUCAGCUGCUGGUGAAUAAAGAACCGCUACAGAGACGUCACAGUCACACAAUUACCAGAGACUGAAGACACAGAGACACACAGCAUCACACUGUUAUGUGUGUCAUCUUUCACUGUCUUGUUUUAUAAGUAAUGGCUCAUGAAAACAUGAAAAGUGCAGAAAAUGGGCAAUUUGGAAUCAUGUUGGAUUUACUAAAUAAUGACUAUAUUGUAGAUCCUGUGAAACCCAAUACAUACUGCAAACAAUGCAAAUUCAUUGUGCAAUAUGGACAACUUUGAUCAGGGGUGUCUAAACUAGAAGGUCACUUUCCUAAAGAGUUUAGCUCCAACCCUAAUUAAACACACCUGGACCAACUAC